AUGGAUAAAAAUACGAGGUACUUCCACAACCUAGCUUCUGCCAAACGGAGAAAUAAUAGGGUUGAUACUCUAGUCAUUAAUGGAAGCUUGAUAAGGAAUCAAGCUAGGAUUAAGCUUGCCAUCAGGGAGUUUUAUAAAUACUUAUAUCAUCAAGAGAGGUCUCCUGAGGUGGGGUUCAGAGAUGGUCUGGUGGAAAGGAUUAGCGAGGAGGAUUCUAUUGCUUUAGAGAUGCUUUUGUCACCUGAGGAGGUUAAAGAGGCAGUGUGGGAUUGUGAAUCGUCCAAGGCUCCAGGAUGUGACGGUUACAACAUGAAUUUCAUAAAGAAGUGUUGGACUGAUAUAGGUUCGGAUUUCACGGCAGCGGUACUGGGCUUUUUCCAAUCUUCAAGGUUGCCGCCUGAUGCUAAUAUCACGUGGGUGGCGUUGGCCCCCAAGUUUACUGGUGCUAAGAAAAUCAAAGAUCUGCGUCCGAUUAGCAUGGUGGAGUGUGUAUACAAGAUAAUUUUGAAGAUGCUGGUUAGGAGAAUGAGAGGUGUUAUGCCAGGAUUAGUAGGCGAGACACAUAGUGCUUUUGUUAAGGGUCGGAAGAUUCAUGACGGGGCUCUAAUCGCAUGA